AUGGAGGUACACGAAGAGCAGGUCUCUACACCUGUAACAGGGCAUAUUACUGCGAAACGUCUGCUACAGUAUAUAUUGUCAGCAAGGGGCAUUUGCCAUGAAAAUGCUUUAAUUCUAGCCCUAAUGAGAUUGGAAACUGAUGCUUCAACGUUCAACACGAAAUGGUCGAUCCAGCAGUGGAUCGACAAGUUAAAUGAGUAUAUAAACGCUAUUAACAUAAAACUGAACCUUUUGGGUUACAAGAUCAUUCGGAUCAACCACGGAAUUGGAAGAAACGCAGUGACUUUAAAGACGAAGCAGGAUUUUGGGCCCUUCGAAGAUAAUACAGCAGUACUAGCUCACGAUAAUGGUUCUGCAGUUUUGCAACCGAUAGUACUUCCGGAGAGUAACAGGUUUUUCGUAUAUGUCAACUUAGCGUCAACAGAGGAGACCAAGCUGGCCACGAGGUUUAAUCAAAAGGAGAUCGAGUUCAUUAAAUGGGCCAUAGAGCAAUUCAUUAUGAGUGGAGAGACCAUCGUCGAAGGUAUAGCAUCAGAUACAUCGGUGAUUGUGAGGGAAGUCAACCGUAUUCUUAUAGCAGCCACAGGGGACUCCAAUCUCGCGAAAUGGCGUAAGCUCAGUACAUUUUCAGUGGGAUCCACCAAUCUCUUCCAAUUUCAAGAAUUGACGGCUACGGAAAUCGAAGACUUGCUACUCCGAUUAUGUGAACUGAAAUGGUUCUGCAGAACUAAGGAGGGGAAGUUCGGUAUUGAUCUCCGCUGCAUAGCGGAACUAGAAGAAUACUUAACAUCCAUGUACAAUUUAAACACUUGCCAAAAUUGCCACAAGUUAGCUAUUCAAGGUGUAAGGUGCGGCAACGAAUCAUGCCGAGGAGAAGACGAGGAAACGGGAGAGAACAGUCCCCCUCAAAUUUGGCAUGUUGAUUGUUUCAAGCAUUAUAUUACCCAUGUAAGCAAGAAUUGUGAUCUUUGCGGUUCAUCGCUAAUCACAGAGGGCGUAUACGUUAUUUAA